UGAUUUUGACCUUCAGUUCCACUUUUUCUCUUACAAAAGUGGGAGUGAAUUGAAAUUUUCAGAAAAGAAGCGUUUUGUAGAAUUGGAAAGAUCAAGAAGGUUCAUAAAUUGUCUGUAGCAGAUUGAGGUUGGUGUAUGAAAUUCCUUGUUCUUAGAGGCAUCUGAGAAAGCAAGAAAGAAAGUAACAAAAGGUAAAAACACAAAGAAACCCACUCAAGAAGAAGAAGAUAAGAUCAAAUCACAGCAGUUGAUAGGAAAGAAAGAGGAAAACUUGCAUCAGAAAAGGACACAUCCCACACCUUCCUUUUCCUCCGCUUGCGCCAUCUUCUCUCUCACUCACUCUUCAAAUACCAGCAAUGCCUCUGCCUCAAUUUCAAUUCCCAUUCUCUUCCCUUCACUGAGACUCUCGUUGCUAUCGCCACACCAAUGGAGGACUCUCCCUGUCACCUUCAGAGACUCCGUUGCUCCGUCAAAAACUACGAUUGGGGUCUCCCUGGUCGCGUCUCCGAGGUUGCCAGACUCCACGCGCUCAAUUCCAACACUCCAUUUCACGCGGAGGAUCCUUAUGCCGAGCUUUGGAUUGGUACCCACGAUUCAGGACCUUCUUUCUUGGCCUCCAAUGGGGUCUCCCUUAAGUCGUGGCUUUCCGACAACCCUGAUGUGCUAGGAGACCAGGUUCUUCGCAAAUGGGGUUCUGAUCUCCCUUUCUUGUUCAAGGUGCUGUCUGUGGGGAAGGCUUUGUCUAUUCAGGCUCACCCUGAUAAAGAGUUGGCUAGAAUUCUGCAUAAGUUGCACCCGGAUUUGUAUAAAGAUGGAAAUCACAAACCAGAGAUGGCUCUUGCAAUAACUAAUUUUGAGGCUCUGUGUGGAUUCAUCACUCUCAAGGAGCUCAAGGGUGUGCUUCAUUCUAUUCCUGAAAUUGUGGAACUAAUUGGUGCUACAAAUACAAACCUGGUCUUACAAACUAACGAUGAGGAUGAUGAAGAAAAGGUUAAACCUGUUUUGAAGGCAGUGUUCACCGAUCUCAUGUCAGCUAAUAAAGAGAGAGUAACUGAUGCAGUAAACAGAUUGAAAACUCGUCUGCUUCAGGAGAAUGAGGUGAGGCAGUUGACAGAUAAAGAGCAGCUAGUACUGCGGUUGGAAAUGCAAUAUCCAUCUGAUGUUGGUGUCAUAGCAGCCUUCUUUCUUAACCUUGUAAAACUCAAUCCCGGCGAAGCUUUGUUCCUGGGGGCAAACGAACCACACGCAUAUUUGUCUGGGGAGUGCGUUGAAUGCAUGGCAACUUCUGACAAUGUUGUGCGAGCUGGCCUAACUCCCAAACACAGAGAUGUCCAGACCCUUUGUUCUAUGCUCACGUACAAACAGGGUUCUCCUGAGAUAUUGCAUGGAAUUUCUCUUAAUCAAUAUGUAAAUAAAUAUACCCCACCAUUUGAGGAAUUUGAGAUUGAUCGUUGUAUCCUUCCUCAAGGGGAAAGAGUGGUGUUUCCAGCAGUUCCAGGUCCUUCCAUAUUUUUGGUGACUGUUGGGGAAGGAAAUAUGAAUACAGGAUCACCCAAAGGGCACGUAGUCACCCAAGGUGAUGUUCUUUUUGCAGCCGCUAACACUGAGAUUAGUGUUACCAGCGCAUCUGAAUUGCAUCUGUACAGAACAGGGGUAAAUAACAAGGUUUUUCAGGCUUCUUAGCCUUCAGCACAAGGGAGUGAAAUAUGCAAUUAUGUGCUGCCUGGAAUAGAAACAGUUUAGUGUACAUGCAAGAGUAAAAAAAAAAUCACAACUGAGUCUUAGAGAAAAGUUCAUUAUAUAGAAGUGGGUUGUCCAGUGUCAUUAGUUUGUUCAUAAUAAUGCUCGUUAAAAGCUUCAUCUCCACAUGUAUUCCUAUUUUAUCAUUUUAUAUAAUAAACAAAGCGCCUACAGGUAUUAUUUUUA